GUACUCUAUGGUACCUUUGGUCAUAGACACAAAGAGAUAUUUUGUUCAAGUUUAUUUAAUGCCCUUUCGCGCGUAUUAGGAAAGAAACUUUGUUAUUGUCAGGGUUUAGGGUUUGUAAAAUUGAUUUUUUUUUUGGUAAACUGUAGUUGGUCAACGUAAGUAAAUUAGAGAAUAUGACAAGUGUUUUUUAGGUUUGUUUUGUGCCUUAGAAGAGUGUUCUAUUUGAUGGAUUCCAUACAUUUAUCAAGCCUGGUUGUUUAUCAGAAAUUCCUACUUCAGAACAUCAAUAAAAUAAAUGCUGCUACACUUCCAAUGGAACCAGUCUUGCCUAUUUGCAGGAAGAAAUCAUGGAGUGCAAGAAAAAAUUUGAUAUAUUAAUAGAAUCAUUCAAGUAAAAUGUACAAAUACCCAAAACAAGAGGUAAUUUUGAAUGAAAAUUACAAAAGAAACAAUAAUGCAGUUGAAUCUUCAGUGAAUUCUAGGUUGGGCUAUUUUUUUCAGUCAAGUGAAAACCAUAGUAAAUAGUGUGCAGCAUCAAGAGUUAAAAUAAGUCACAAGAAAGAAAGACCUAUCAUGAGUGAUCUUUCGAAUGGACAAACUAUAGUCAGUCAUUUGAAUCCCAUCGUGAAAACGGAAGAAAUUGGAACACUAGACUCUUUUGUGAAGAGAGAGCCAUGUUUGAUUCAUAAUUUAAUAGACUUAAAUGAGACACUAAUCAAUAGUAAUGAACAUGACUCCGAUGUGGAAAUAAUAGAUGAUUCAUUCAGUAAUGAUUCUUAUGAAGCAUUGCCUAUUAAUAGGGUUAAUGUCAGAAAAACAGAACAACAUGAAUAUGAUACCGAUGUGAAAAUAAUAGAUGAACUGUGUUUUGAUGAUUCUGCUGAUGAGUUGUAUUUUCGUCCUGUUAAUAAAAGGAAAAAAAUUAAAACUAGAAAAUCAGCAGAACCAGAAACAUUCAGAAGUUAUCCAGUGAUAGAUCUUACAAGUGACUAUGACAUUCAUUUUAGCCAAAUAAUCACAUAUGAUUGCAGUGAUGAAAAUAAUGAGGAGGCUAUGGAGUGGGAAAUCGAGUUCAAGCCAGAUGUUACUCAUGAAAAUGAUAAGUUGAAGAAAUUGGCUAACUUUGAUAGUUCUAGAAUAACCCUUAGUGAAGUUGAUUUGUCUGUUGCAAUGGCAGGUAUUGCUCCAGUAAAUAAAACUGUGAACUGCAAUGUUAAUUACAAUCAUUUGACCACUUCAAAGUUAACAAAUAAUUCUGCCAAGAAAGUAUGCAAACAGCAUGAUGGAAAAACCAAAGAAAAUUGGAAACCUGUUGUGAAUGGCUUAACCAAAUUACCUUCUAAAAGGUCUAAUGGUAAUAUUUCACUGUUAAAUGUUAGUAGAAAUAUUUCUACAGAUAAUAAGAAUAUAAACUCAGCAUCUGUUAGGGGAGGAAAAGGCAAAGUUGUUGUAAGUCCUUCAGAUAGAUGUUUUACCAAUAAAUGUUCUGAGGAAAGUGCUAGGAAAGAAAAUAUAUUGACUGAGAGUAAUCAUGGUAAUGAUAACAAGAGAAUCUGUGAUUAUAAUGAUACCACAGAAAAUGAAAAUAGUUUUGGUCAACGGCUUAGUACUGUAAGCUGUCAUGAUUUGAGCUGUUCUGUAAUGCAUGUAAUGGAGAACCAUCACGAUCAUGCAUACCGACGCCUGAACCAGAUGUUCCCGUCGUCAUGUGCUCUUCAGCCUUACAUGUGUUACAAGUGUCACCAGCAACCUAAAAAGUCAUCUUUGGCUGAAAAUAUGUGUGAAUAUCAUUUUCUUGAAGGUGAUUGGGAUGAGGCUAUAGAGAUUUUGGAACCUCUUGUAUCAAAGGCAACUUGUCCCGACUGGAAGAUAAUAGUGUACUUACUAGGAUACAUGUGUGAAACCAAUGAUGUAGAAAACCUGAACACCUGUUGUGAAAUAUUUAGUUCCCUGGUGUCCUGUCAUCCACCUUGCUACAGACCAAAUUACUAUUUGAAGGUUCUCACUCAAGCAGUUGAAAUGCAGUCAUUAAGUAAAGGAGGUAUAUCAAAUGAUGGCAUAUUCAGGGAUGUCCUGUUUAGUCUUCAGCAGCACGUAAAAACAAUAAAGUUUUCUGAAGAUAACGUUGAGGUUUCAGAAGAUAUUUCAUCCAGCAUCAACAUUGUGUCUCUUUGCUUGGUGAUGGAACUUAUGGUGGAUGUUUUGGAAGCAAAUUUAUCUGUGUGGCUUCCUAGAAGAGGUUUCAAUCCAAGAACUGCCCUUUCAAAAGAUGCAGAGUGCCCUCUUGUGGUUAAACUUUUGUGGUGGGAUAGUGAACAAGGUGGACUGGAAAGAUUCACGGACACCAAAGCUUUCAAGCCUAUUAUAAAUUUGUAUGUGUUGAGCUUCUGCAAAGGUGUUCCAGCCAAAAUCAAGCACAUCUCUGCAAGGUUGCUGGCACUUGUAGCAGAAGUAAUGCAUGCUUGUGACUUUCAACUACACGCAUCAUAUCCACACUUUGGGCAACAUAGCAGGAACUUAGCGCAAACAAUUUACAUCCAUAUAGCUGAUCAGCAGUCCUCUAUGAUCCAGAAGAUAAUUCGAGGCCUCAGUCCCUCAUGGCUUGAAAUGCUUGUGUGUUGUAGUCGUCUGUCGUACUUCACUUCAAACAAUGUGUACCAGCAGAGACUAGAGUUUGUCACAAAUUGCAAGAAAGCUGCAGAGCGGCAAACAAAGCAGAGAAGCUUACCUCGCAUCAACAAGAAAGGUGAAACGAGGCUACACAUAGUGUGCCGCAACGAGAGAUUGAAAGAGUUGGAGGCUUUCCUGUCUGACCCGACAAUAGACGUAAACGUGCCCGAUAAUGCAGGGUGGACUCCGCUCCAUGAGGCUGCUACAUCGGGUAAAGUGGAGAAUGUGGACAAACUGAUAAUGUACCGGCCUCCGGGUACAAUGGGAGGAGUUGACCUCAAGGCACCAGGUUUGGCUGGUUUAACACCACUAAUGGAAGCAGCUUUGGGUGGCCACACCUCGGUGUGCAAGCUUCUUUUGAAAUACGGUGGUGCCUCGUUGCUGGAAGACAAAGACGACACCGGCAAAACGGCUCGGGAUCUAGCGAAAUCUGUGGACAUCAGGGCGUUGCUGGACCAGUACACGUAUGAAGGCUGCAAGGCCAAGCCCUCGAGUGUCGUCAUGUUCAAGUGCGUGCCAUCGGAAGAGUUCUGGACGUUCCUGUCAUUGUUUGGUUGUUCGUACUUGGACACAUUCGCCCUGAAGGACCUCCUGUGCCAUGCGGCAGCAGGCUGCAGGGCGUCGCCCGAGAGCAGAGACGGCAAGGCGCGGCUCGUGUUGGACACAGACCGCCUGGAUGCUGAUGAGAUGGUGUUGGAACAAGUGCUACAGUAUUUGUGUUGCAAUGCUGCUUGAAAGUUACGUCGUGAGUGAACAGCAUUACCAAUUUUCCUGAGCUGAACUUAAGUAGACAGUGUCUUACAUCUACUACAUAUUUACAAUUUUACAGGUCGAAUGUAAGCCUGUGCAUACAAAAUUGGAAAUUACUUGCACAAAAUGUGUGGCUGUGACCAGUAGGUUUUCAAUAAGUACUUAGAAUAUUUUAUCUUAAGUCAAGUAAGUAAAGGUAAGUUAUGUGUGAUGUUUAAGCAAAAUAUCUAUAUUUUGUGAAAAUUGUGUAGAAUAUUGAUGCUAAUAACUUUCUGGCACUCCUUUUUCUUUCCAUAUCUCUAUUUAAUAAUGUACGUAUUGCCCUCCUAUGUAUAGUGAUGAAGGGCCACAGUCAUGUAAACUUCAAACUAGUCACUGAUUUUUACUCCAAAUAUUUUUUUUAGUUGUUAAUUAAUUCUUAUAUUUUAUUGUGGAAAGUUAGGAUUUUAGGACUAAAAUUUUUAAUAGCAGUUUAGCAAGAGAGGAAAACUAAUUUAUGUCCAAAUGUGGGAAAAUAUUUUUUUGUGUGUGAAAAAUAAAUGUAUGGAUUACUUCAAUUCAAUUUGAGUACUUAGCUUUAUCUGUUAAUAUUUACAGUUUCCCUUCCCCCUUUUGAAAGUGUGCACAGACGAUGCUUCUAUAUUUUGUGGACAUCGGAGUCAUAACACAAUUUUUUUUGUUGACUUAUGUAGUUAUAUUUAAUUUCAGAUUAUAAUAUGAUAAAUAUACAUAUUUUCAAUUUGCUGUCAUUUUACCAUAGCUUUUUUUCUUGUGAAGCUACAUGCUUUAUGAAGUCAGUCAAUUAUCAAUUUAUUGUUAUUGUAUAUUUAAUGUUUCAGUACUUCUAACGUCUAUUUUAUCAUCAUUACUAUUAAUAUUGUGCAACAUAAUGCCAUCAAGUUACAAACUCGUUUCAAUAAUCUAAUCACUCUAGAAUAUAUUUCUUGCAUGGCAGCUCUGUUUUCAGGCAGACAAAAGAGCGGCUAUAAUAGCUACCUUUAUAUCUGAAUUCAUUAACGACAUGCUUCACUAUACAAGAUGUUACAUAUCAAAAAAUUUGCUUGAGAACAGUUUUAUUAUAUAUGUAGUAACAUCAUUCAAGACUAUGUGUUUUGGGAUGUCAGUGUUUAAUUUGUUACAUUUGGUAAUCGUUACUUUAAAUCAGUUGCUCUUAAAAAAACAUUCUUCACAGCCAGAUGUAAAAAAAAAAUGUAGUUAGCUAACAUAAAAGUUACUACAUAAUGUGGGGUCAGACAUGAGACAUGUGUUUAAGUGAACAGUUUUAACGUGAUAGUCUUGCUUGUUUCCAUUUUACUUUCAAACCAUAGUUGCAAAACAGUUAUCAAAAAAAGACUAAGUGUUGCCCAUAGUUAUGAGACUAAAUAUUUAGGCAAAUAUUCUUGCUUAGCUACUCAACUUUUUUUAAUGUAAAUUAUAAAACUUGCCAGUUUCAAAUAGUUUCUAAAUGCUGCUUAUAUUUUAAUCUUUAAAAAAAUCAUAGCAAAUUUGUUCCUUGUUACUUGUUCUUUAAAAAUAUAUAGAUUGUUUUAAAUCCCUACAGUUCAAAGAUUUUGUUGAUAAGUUAGGUUAGCAUAACUUUGCUGUGCCCCUGGCUAUAAUUAUAGCUAUUCAUCUAAUUUUUUUCCCCCCAUGAAUUGCUGCUCGUAUUUUCUGCUACAAAGCUGACAUUCACAGUACUGACAUUGUAGUCUACAUUUAUAUCUAAUCUUGUUACUUACAGUAUUCAUGUGAUUUUAAGUACAGUAGCUUAAAGAUGUAUGACUUAAUUAUUAUUUUUUAAAUUGAUUUCAACCUUAUUCUUUUACAAAUAAAUUAGUAACAUAGCACCUGCAUCUCUAGUUAAUUGUUGUCUUUGAAGGUCUUACCCUCUUUACGCCUUAGUAAUUUUUGAAUCUCCUCUCUUUUUCAGCUUUCAAAUUUAGUUUUUUUUUUUUUACAAAUUUUAUGUUUGUUGCAUUUAUGUUGAGUAAUGUGACUCAUUCUAUAACAAAUUUGCAACAAUCAAUGAUGCUAUUUUGGCUCUUAACAAUUUGCUAGUAAAAGAGUUUUUAAUUUGGGUUGUCUGCCAUUUAACUAUAUAGUAAUUUAACUAUAUAGUAAUUUAACUAUAUAGUAAUUUAACUAUAUAGUAAUUUAACUAUAUAGUAUUUUAACUAUAUAGUACAGGUAUUGAAUACUCAAGUCAGUGCAUUAUAAAAUCAAGGAUUAGUCAAAUUACACAAAAUAAAAUGCAAAAAAAGCUAAAAUAGUUUGCUUAAAUUUAUGAGUUUUCAUCAGAGACAGAAAAUAUUACUCCAUUAGUAAUAGUUUUUAUUUGGAACUUUUUUUUCUGUUGAAAAGUUCUUGGGUGUUGUAUGAGCCUUGCUGCAAAGGCAUUAUGCUGAUGCCGAAGAUUUUACAGUUCAACAAAUUUAUGAGAAUUUUUGGAAACUUAUAUUUUUUAUUUAGGUAAUGGUCUAUGGCUUUCGCCAACAACCGUGAUUCAGUUUGCUUAUUAGAUUCAUUAUCAUGUUCAUCUCAAGAAUUUUUUCAAGCAGUAAUAAAUUUUACAGCCAUGCCUUACCGAACCCAAAACCCCUUGCACUGUAAGCCAGUGUGCAUCCAACUUCGCUAUGGAGUUAUGAAAACUAAGUGCCUUGGAGUUCACUUUAGUAUUGUUGGACUCAUUGCUUUUAUGUAAAAUUGUGCCUUUAAAUUACUUAAUUAGCUUAGUUAUAAAUUGAUCACCUGUUGUAUACAAUUUCUUGUAUAACUGUACAUAUGGGAACAACAUAUUUGAUGUUAUUUUUAAGUAAUAUAUUCUUGUCAGGGAUUCAUAGUUGAAACUACUUGCAGGUUCUCCAAUGCAUAUAUCUGAUUGAUUUAUCAUAUUUAUUUUGUCAUUUAUUUAUAAUUUUUAUUGUACUUUCGCAGUGGGCCAGCAUCAUUUAUUUAAUUUCUCAGGAGGGCUAGAAUAAAUGAAAAAAAUAUGUUGACUUGGUGGCAGAUUGGUAAAAAAUAUAAUUGAUGUCCCAACAACUUUGUGAAAGAUUUGAGAGUAAAAUCUUGUUAAAAUGGGGAAAGCCUAAUCCACAAUGCCUGGAAGAAAAAAAAGUAUGUGUAACUUUGGAUUUGGACUUGUGGGUAACAUAAAAAUUAUUUUAUGGUAUUAAUUGGGCUGAUAGAAUCAAGCCAAACCUUCACUUUAGUUACAAUCAUCUGAACCAUUGAAUUGGAACAAAAAAAUCUCAGUUUCAGAAAUGUGAAAUUCAGAUGAGGGAAUCUUAAACUAAUGGAGUAAAUGUAAAUGCCACAUAUUGUACUUUAUAAGCAUUUAUUUAAUUUAUUUUUUUUUCAUUAUUUUUUUAUUAAAGCAUGACUUUCUUCAAGUAAAAUUAGCACCAAAUAUGAAUAAAUAUAUACAGUACUAGCUAAACCCGGCCACGCUUUGCUGUGGCACAGUUUAAUAUUAAUUCAUUGUUUAAUUUAAUAUUUUACUGUGCAUGGCUGUGGAAUGUAAUAGAAGAAAUAAAAAUGUGUUUAGCUUAAAUAUUUUUAUUGUAAAGCUAAUGGAAGGACUACAUUCCUUGUUUUCCCAUUUUUUGCAUAAACAUAUAGAUCAGAUGGUUUACCGACUCUGGAGCACCCGACAUAUAACUGUCCAUGAGAGAAGCAUUCAUUUUCUAAAUUCAAACCGCACACUUGCAAAGAUUGUCCUUGUGCUUUAUUGAUGGUCAUAGCGAACGCAAGGCGUAUUGGAAAUUGAAGUAGUUUGAACUCGAACGCCAUAUCUGUCGGAAUAAGUGGCAUUCGUGGAAGUAAUACGUCUUCACCUUUAUGAAGUCCAAUCAAAAUUGUUGCUUCAAUAAGAUUAUCCAUUAAUUUUUUAACUACUAAUCGUGUACCAUUACAUAAUUUAGGCUGACAGAUAUUUCGAAGCAAUAUAAUUGGCACACCAAUUUUCAAAUUCAAAAUAUGUGGUGGUAAUCCUGGAACAUCGAGUGAAUUGAGAAAUUCCGUUGGAAAGUUCACUGCUUCAUUUUGGUGCACUACUGAAUCAAUAGAUUUGUAUGUCAUUGUUUCACCUUCGAUUCUGUUUAUAAUACUAUUGUUCAUAUCGUGUACGUCAACAUUUUUAGCCGCUAGAAUGGCUCUUUCGCUCAACCAUGCAUGAUUUUUGAAUUUUGUUUCGAUGUUUUGGAAUACCUUGUCUACUAAUUCCUCUUUUGAAUCUACGAUGUUGCAUAAAUCAGAUGAUAAGCUAAUUUUUCCUGUUUCUGGAUUUGUAGGUACAGUGCCGUUACCAACUUCAAUUAAUUGUCUUGAAAAUAUGACUGCUGUUGGAUCGUUCUGAAGUUUAACUCGCAUAUUCGUGGUUAAAUGCAUUUUUUUUACUGUGCUCCAAAAAUUUGAAUAUUUUUUCAUUUAAACGUAUUUUUAUCAAUAGAGUCGAAAGAAUAUACUUUCAAAUUAAAUAAAGUUUUUUAUUCUUUCUUGAAAUAUAUAUAUAUAUAUAUAUACAUAUUUGUGUAAAUUAUAGUCGUCAAGGCACAAUGGUCGAGUAGCCUGAUGUGCUUGAACUUCGACAAUAUGGUACAGCAUCGUUGAGCGUGGUCACAACUAAGUUGGGUGACCAUGAUAUUUAGUUAUAGAAACUUUUUUUUCCGACUUUUCCGGUGGAUUUUCCCAAACUUUUAUUUCAUAUAAACACUCUUCUGUUAAGAUGCAAUGUUCUGUAGGCUAAAAAUUUCAAUCCAAACCAUCGUAUACUUUCCGAGUUUUGUGGCCAAAUACAUACGGAAGCUAAAUUUUUAUAUAUAUAGAUAAGCAUGCAUAUAGUUCCUUGAGUUCAAUUGUUAUAAUACAUAUGUUUUUUUGGCACUUUUGGGUAUGUAACUUCAUAGCAUUACAAACUAGUAAUUUUUUAAUUCGUAUUUAAUGCAUUUGUCAAAAUAUUUGAACACAGUUGAUAAAUUUUCGAUGUAGAAAAAUAGUAAAAUUUAAUUUAAAAUAGAAAAAUAGUAAAAUUUAAUUUAAAAUAGUAAAAUAUUGAAAAAUAUAACUUGAGAGGAAAGUGCUUUAAUAUAUUUUGCCACUAAGAUUUAUAUUGUAUAAAUAUUCUUAUAGUAUGUCAUGAAUGUAUGUUAAAGUAAUAUAGUCUUAAUUUUAAGUACAUAUAUGUAUAUAUUUGUUAAUUUUUGGUAAAUAGCCUAAAACAUUAAUGUACACAGCCAUCUAAUGUUAUGUAUAUAUAUUAAAUCACUUAUUCAGUGAUAUAUAUUGUUUUUAUACACAUAAGGGAAAAAGUUAGUCAUUUAACAUCUUUGGUAGAACAUUUUUGUUCACUUGUAUUAUUUUGUUCAUUGCAUCACUAAGAAAUGUUACUAAAGUAAACAAUGACUUUUUAUUGUGGAAUUUAGUGGAGAAAUGUAUGUUCUUAUAAACCAGAUAUUUUAAGCUCCUAAUAUAAAUGGAGCUCAACAUUAUCAUCAUCUUGAAAAGAGCAUUGAUGAAAUGUGUAAAAUAGUCUCUGCAUGACUGUAUAUUUAAUUCUUUAGGUUUGGUCAUAUAUUAAUAUUUUACAGCCUAUUUAUCAUAUGAAUUAUAAUUAGGUAUUUUAAAGAUUGCACCAUUUAAUUUAUGUGUUUUCAUUCUAAAAGUGUAAGUUGGCGCUGUAUAAUAAUGUAUGCCAGGCAAUUGUGUUGGUUUGCAUCAGUUACUUUUCAAGAGAACAACACCCUCAUCUAGUUUCUUGUUAUUUCAAAUGUAUUUGAUCACUUUUGAUGUAAUAUAUGUUGAUGAAGGGUAGUUCAGUGCAGAGACUGGUUUGGACCCACAGUUAUCACUGUGAGGUGACGACCACCGUGUGACCAUGACAGACUAGCAGGGCUGUCGAGAGAGUGUGGCAGGGAGGUGGUAGGCAAAACCCCAUGGCUUGGGCCUCAGUUCAGGUUCAGUUCCAGUGUUUUUUAUACAUUGUUAUGCUUGGGUUUACCUAGGUAGAACAACCUUACAAGUACAUAAUGCAAUACUGUCAUAUUUAGAGUUGUGGCUGCAGUAACAUUUACUGUAUUUAAAUUUUUUUCAUUAAAUAAUAGGGAGGAAGUCCAACAAAAUGUUUUACCUCCAGAUCCUUGGUUUCUCUCAAUGGCCCUGCAAACUAAUGGUUCCUUGUAUUAAGCAAUCAAAAUUGUAAUUUCUUGUUAUGACUCCUGAUCUUUUGGCAGUAUAUGUCAUAAAUAGCAUUUUAAGCUUGAAUAAUUUGUUUCAAGUUUCACUCUUUCUGAGAUUUUUUUUUAAUAUAUAAAGUGAUACACCUGGGUAUGUAAAGUUUAUUUGUUUGUAAACAUAUCUAGAGCGUCAGAUGUUUAAACAGCAGCUACCUUAAUACGUGUACCAUGCUUUUGGAGCUAUAAAAAGUAAUUCAAAAGUGUGAUUCUGCAAUCAAUUUAGAAAAAAAAAUUCAAAAUAGUGGAAACAAUGUAAUUUAUUUAACUUGAAUCAUUUGUUUGCCUUUGGAGCAAAAUAACUCUUUGGAAAUCAUUUACUUGUGAUGUUGUUUAUGACUUAUUUAAGGCGUGAAUUAGGAAUAACUUAGCUGUGUUUUAGUGUUACUGUACGGCACAUUGUUAAACAUACAUUAAUUUGUGUGGUGUUAUUUGUAGUGUGCAAUUAUGAAAUAAGAUUCACAGACCUGUUGUAUUAUUUCACACUUUUACAUUAGUUUUUGUAGUGUUGUUAUGUGUGAAAAUACAUUUUUUUUUUCCUUUUAA